CAAUAAUGUUUGUUCACUCCAUGAUGAGUGGGUGAUGUAAAUUGUAUCAGCAGUGGUAGAUUACAAAAUUUAAACUCCUGAAACUCCUGCUUUACUGAUUACCUGUCAGAGUUAGUGUGUAAGUCACCUUUUCUUUUUUCUUUUUUUUUUUUAACUGAGUCAAACACCAAACUCCACAGUGCAUCUACAUAGUGAGGUUGCCAAAGUCAAGCAAGAAUAACUGACCUACUUCCCUCUCCCUUGCUAUUUUAUCAAUUAAUACUUUUUCCCGACAUUGUAUUCAAUUGUUGUAAUAUUGGCCGUCAGCUGUUCACUGUCACCACAUGAAUAUUUGGAAGGGGAAGUCAAUAAUUUGAUGCAGUCUUCUGAGUUUCCUGAUAAAUAUAAAACCUUUUUCUAACUCACAUUCUAAAAUGACUCUAACCACAGCAUGUUUUAUUAGAAAUUAACAAGAAUGCAUAUAAAUAAAUUUGAGUGUGACUUGUUUAGUGGAUUAAAUUCAUUAUUUAAAUUUUGGAGCUUUGAUACAAAUCCAAGAGGACUGUUGUAUUUAGGUGGUAUGUUAGUGAGCAAAAUCCCCAGUAAGAACUGCUGUACUGUAAUUUACUCUUUGUUUUAAGGAGGCGACGUAAUGCAUUUUAAAUAGGACAGACAAAGCUGUAAACAAGCAAGAAUGCCCAUUUGGACCUGAAACCAGAUGGUAUCAUCUAAAUAAAUCCAUUUUUUGAUUCACUCAUACAAAGUCAGGAUGACAUGUGGGAUUUAUGGGAUGUCUACCUACACCACAACAAACGCAAUUGGAAGAAUCGUAUUUAAGUUCAACAUAUAAAGUCCAAGCUUCCACAGAUCAAUGCUAGACAAGACAUUUCCCUAAAGUAGUUGAACAUUUUGAGAUUUGAGUGUGUCACAAAGCGACAAGCAGAAUAAAUUAAGCAUGAACAUAGUUUCUGCUUCGAGUACUUAACCUUUUGUGGACUUUGUGUUUAUAAUGAAAACCAUUGCCCUCAGAACUCAGACUGCAAAACAUACUUGCAUGUUUAUGAGUGAUCUCUUCCUCCCUCUGAAUCACACAAUUGUAUUUAAAUGUAUGACUCAGCAUAAACAAGCCAUACACCUCUUUCCACAGAGAUAAAAGUUGCCCAUGCACAAGCAAACAAAGAAUAAUAGGAAUAGACAGUUUCUGAACUUGGGCAAGAUGCAGUUUGGGAUGCAGUCAAGCAUAUUUUUUGUUGUCCCUCUAGGACCAGACAGCCAAUGCUAAGUCUGUUCUUGGUAUUGAGUUAUAUUUGCACAUUUUCAUACAUAACUGAAUUCUAUAUCUUACGUCAUUUAUGUCAAAUGUAUUGUCUUGCUUGUUUAUUUAAAAAAAUAAUAAUUUUAAUCCAAAUCAAAACGUUUAAUUUCCAGAAGAAAUUAUAGUAAAAAAAUUCCACAUACCUCCAGCUAGCUGCUGCAACCACAUGAUGAACCCAUGAUGCUAAGGGUAUAAAAGUCAUUACAUCUAAUAUCAUGAUCAAGAUACAUGUUCACACCCUAAGUUUAAAAAAAAUAUUUACAAGGAGUUGCAUCAGUCUAGCUUGUGCACUGCGAUGUUGCUCUCAUUACAAGAGAAGAUGUCAAAGCAGAUAAUUGUGCAAAAAAGUGCCGUGGAGUAGCGGCCAAAAAUAAUGAUCUGCAACUGUGACAACCAUUUGAGAGAAGUCGGUCAAAAAUAACAUUCUAAUUUAAAAAAGCUCAAUGUCUGGCAAAAUAAACCACCUGGAAGAUGAAGGAAGCUUUGACCAUAACUCUAAAUAGGACUAAAGACUAAACUGAGAGCACAUGUUGCAGAGCUGAAAUUUGUUGUACAGGCAAGUCUCUCUCCCCAUCAUUUUAGAUUCAGGUUUAAGAAGCCGUGAUUUAAAGUGGAACAGGAGACAUCUUGGUUAACAAGCAAAUAAUUGGAAACACUGAUUCACUUGGUACUUCGUGUAAAAACGCUCCAAAAAUUAAAUGUCGAGUGAAAACAAAGCGUUUACCUCACUGUGCGUUUGAAAAUGUAUUCGGCAUAUAACAGGUGUACUCAGAGACUUUGAGGGAACUGUUUGUGCAGCCUUGUGUAGCUGAAGCCCCUCACCUCAUUAACUCACAGACUGUAAGCAAAUGAAGCUGAACUUUAUCCUGGUCGGGGAAGCACAGCAGAGAAUUAAUUCUGCAUAAAAAAAAAAAAAUAGAAUGUAGGUUCACCUUCUGUUCCUUUGCUAAGUAGAAAGGGCAGAAGUGAGAAAUUUCCCUCUGUGGAAUUAAUUAAAAAUCCUCCGAGCCCCUUACAAACCCUGUCACAGGCAAUUCAUCAUUCCUUGUUAGUAAUGGGAUGUAAGACAGAUGCGUGUGUGAGAGCCGCUCUAACAAAUAGAACAGUUUCUCCAAUCAUGUAGUAAGACAUUGGCAAAAAUUUAUUUCAAUUAAGUACUAUAUAUCACAUCAGGCCUUUUAAUUUUCCUCAUGAAAACUGAAGUUAAAUGAGUUUUUGCAAAUGAGUCAUUUUAACUUCCGUCCUUGCUUCGAAAGUCUCCAUGAAUGUGUUAAUUAAAACUUUCAAAGAACACCAUGUUGAACUCCAAUAAAGUGAGAGAAAAGAAAUUGAAUAUUACUGUCAUAGACGUACGGAAAUGCUUAGUUUUGCAAGUUUGUUGAGGUGGCUUGGAUAAUUUUUUUUCUUUAUGAACCAUUUAGCCGUCAAGUCUAAGAUAUUUAACCAAGAAACUUGUUUCAGAUAGGAAAUGACACAGGCAUUGCUCAAGUGAUAAUGAAACAAUAGAAAAGCACUGGUGAAAAAAAUCUUGGCGUAGCUCAGGUGUUGCUAGACUCCCCUUACUAGCCAAGCAUAAGGAUUCACAUGAAAAGUAGGAAAAUGACUACAAUUCCACAAUAAUAGAACAUACUUAAUUCAGAAAAAUAACAUAAAGGGUUAAAUUAGAACAUUCUUUUUCAAAAUAUAUAGAAUUAAAUUUUAAUUGACUGUCAUUGAAUCUGACUCAAAACUGUGAAAAAUUGCCAUGGCCAAUAUGCUGUACAGUAGCUUAAUUCUACUAAAGCAUAAAUAAAUGACAGCAUCUCUUUCAGUUGAAGUGACUGGCUGAAAUAAUUCACCAUCAAAUCAAAUAUUCUGAUCACUCUUUGACAGUCGUUCAGACUAAAAUUUAAAUAUUCAUGUCUAGUUUCUUUACGUCAGUCAAAAAAUAAAACGGGUCCUCUCUAAAAACUGCACACGAAAACAGAUAAAUGCAUCACAUAAAUACAUUUUGUUCCUGAGGUAAUAAAAACACUCGACUCGCUCCAUUGACAAUAUCCCUCUGAAGUAUUACAGACAGCAUGUUCUAUUGAAUGCCAGAGAGUGUGGAACCGCUGAACUGUGGAUUAAUACUUGUGGUGUGUGUGCAGUCUAGCUGAACUGGUUCCUUUCAAAAUGUCACUCAGGACUGUAAACCUCACUGCCUAGUCUUUGUUCUUCCAUCCUACUAACACCUGAAAAAACAUCUACAAUCUCAAGAUAUCUAUCUAAGUAGGACACAGAUAAAUAGUCUAUAUUUGUGGCUUCAACUAGUAAGAUUUUUUUCUGUUUGUGUUUAUACAAGCAUCCAGACAAAAAUAAAAUGUGACAGCCAACACUUAUCUGAAAAAAACAACAAAACAAAACAAAAAAACACUGCUAAAAUCACGACCAGCACCAGCAAUAUAGGAAAUAGCAAUAGUAUUCACACCCUAGUGGCUUCACUGAACAGACUACUGGGACGGAGAGAGGAGGAGGUACCACGAGGGAGUCUGGCGAGAGGCGAUUCAUCUUUUUCUCAAGCUAAUAUUGUAUUAUUGUAUUUCUUGUUAUUGUAUUUUUGCAAUGGUCCUGCUGAAAGAUCUGGAGUUGUUUGCAGCCUCAAAGAUUCUCUUCCUGCCCUGACCAACAUGCUAAUACCUAAAGAAGAAAAGAAUCCCACAGGGUUAUACUGUUCAAGUAUGUUCUGAUCUUCUUCUGCAUAUUUAUUACCUCCACUCUGGCUUGUGACAAGCUAAAAACGCAACUUUUUAUGUCAUUCUUUCAGCAACUGUUCUCUAAGUGUGAUUAAAUUUCCGUUUUCGGUAAACUGUAAAAGUUAUGUCCAAGAUAAGCAAAAUUCUAGAUGAAAAUAUUUUUAAAGUUUUGUUGUUUUUGGUCUCUCAGAACCUUUUCAUUCCUGAAUGGGGAGCAUAAAAAUAUUUGUGACAUUAACUAGUUUCUAGUUAAGCAUAACCAUAAUUGUCAUCACUUAUUCUGUUUUUCUUUUUCUUUUUAGGGGGAAUACAUAUUAUUUUUUCCUCUGUGAUGCAUCCUAUGCUUUAAUGAAAUAUCCCGUAGUUACAUGCUGUCCAUGUGCUGAUUUUUUUUUUUUUUAAUAUAAACCAGUGUGACGCUGAUGAGUUGAUUUCACUCAAUCUAAUUUGAGCAUCAUGUUGUCAAGCAUUUUAUCACGAUUUUAAUUCUCGAAAACUUCCUCUGCGUAAGCAGCAAAGCAAAGUUCAACGUGACGCGCAUGACCUCACCCUAAUCGGCAGUGACGUCACGGUGCGUCGUAUUUCUAUUUUUACUCUACAAAAGCUUUGUUUGUACAGGGGUGCACCAGCAGUUUGAAACACCUUUGAGGGAAAAUAGUGGGGUAUUAAAAAGUCUGAAAAGAUAAAAACAGAAUCCCUUUGCGCUCUUUUUAAGUUUGCCUCUCAUUAUGCGCAAUUGCGCAGCAAGACAGAUGAAAUGUGAUUCCAGCAACGUGAUGCACUGGGUUGAAAUUACCGCAGCGCGUCAAGGAGAAACCCCUUCAGUUCUGACCCCGUUGAUGGCAAAUUCACAUCCAGAUUCUCUCACAUGACCAGAACGAGCAACUGGUCAGAUAGUUAACGGGGCUGAAAAGACAGAGCGAUUUGCCGGAGACAUUUAUAUCUUGGAGACGGUAAGCAUGAUUGGGACUCCUGGUCGUCGUGACUUGUGGCAAUUUGCAUGAAGAUUGCGGAUGCGCUCUUUCCAAGUCUGGAUAUUCAGGCGGAGGCACCAUGGACGCAGCGGACGUAGUUGCUUCUUUGCUGAUUUUGGGGAUUAUCAUCGUGUCGCUGCUCUCCAACGUCGUAGUGCUGAUCUGUUUUCUGUACAACCCGGAAAUCCGCAAGCAGGUGCCCGCUCUCUUCAUCCUCAACUUGUCGUUCUGCAACCUGUUGCAGAGCGUGUCCAACAUGCCUCUAACUUUGUUCGGGAUUGUCACUUCGGGGCACCCCGGAGGCAGCGGCUUCUGUCAGAUCGUGGGUUUCCUCGACACUUUCCUCACCACGAACUCAAUGCUCAGCAUGGCAGCGCUCAGCAUCGAUAGGUGGGUGGCGGUGGUGUUCCCGCUGAGCUAUCACUCGCGAAUACGCCACCGGGAUGCGGUACUGGCGCUGGCGUACACCUGGAUACACUCGAUGUGCUUCUCCGCGGUGGCCACCUGCCGCUCCUGGCUCGGGUACAACCACCUUUACGCGUCUUGCACCCUCUGCAGCGUCCGGGCAAAGGCGGCUGGGAAACAGUUCAUUGUUUUCACUGUAGCUUUGCAUUGUCUCACAUUCCUCCUCACGCUGAUCGUGAUGUGCGUAACAUACCUGAAAGUGCUAAAAGUUGCACGGUCUCACUGCAAGCGCAUCGACGUGAUCACGAUGCAGACGUUGGUGCUGCUGGUGGAUAUUCACCCCAGUGUUCGCCAGAAAUGCCUGGAGGAGCAGAAGCGCAGGAGGCAGAGGGCCACCAAGAAGAUCAGUACAUUUAUCGGCACAUUUGUGGUCUGUUUCACACCUUACGUCAUUACAAGAAUUGUAGAGCUCUUCUCCCCAGGGCCCAUAAACCCUCACUGGGGUGUCUUCUCCAAAUGCCUGGCCUACAGCAAGGCAGCCAGUGACCCGUUUGUCUACUCACUGCUGCGUUACCAGUACAGAAAGACCUGCAGCCUGCUGGCCAAUAAAGCUCUCAAGAGGAGUUCUCUGAACUCAUCCUCCAUCAGGGUAGAAAACAAAGCUAGGACUACUGCAGUCAAUUGCAACGCAACGGUCAGUAUCCAACCACCAACUACUCAGCCAAUGAAGGCAAUCAUAUGUAGAGAUGUAUAUCAAACUCAAGACGGCCGAUUGACCUCUUUGUAGCAUCAUAGCUCAAAACGUGUGCCUCUCAGUUGUUCGCCGGGGAACAAAGCUGGUAAUACUCUAUAUCUAUUUUUUAUAGACAAAAUAGGUUCAUGAAAACAUCUGAGGCAAACAUGUUGUGUCUCUUUAUAAUGCCUGACUCACUGAGCUGCGCAUUUGUUCCUGCACAGGGCAUAAUAUUUUCAAAAGUAGGUCACAAAAAAACCCCACAUUUUUUUAUUAUAGUCACAGUUGUCUUUCUUAUUGGUUGCUGGUUAGAAAACCUUGCAAGGUCUUACAUAGAUGUAUAUACACAGACACCCACACACGCACACCUUACAACCUCCGAUCUAUGGGCAAAAAUGCUUCAUCGUGUCAAUUUUAUUUUCACAAUCUCGAGCACAGUCUGUAGAAUACAAUACUACAUUAACUCAAUGUAAUGCCAUGAGGAAGUUCUUUUGUCCAUGUCUUGAUCCCAGUGUGGAAUGUGUGCAUGUGAUGCACACAUGCACACAUGUGUGCACCAUGCAUGUAUAUGUAAAACAUGCAUACAAAUUACUGAUGUUUUAACGCUGACUGCAAUUUUAUCUCUGAAAACAAGUGUAGCUCUUUAACUUAUGCAUAGAUUAUCAUGGCAUUACUUUCCCAAUAGCUUUGUAGCCUCAUUUUAAAUUUGCUCCAAGCAAAAAUAGUAUAAAGAAAGCAACACUUUCACUAAAGGACAGGGUGCCUUUUAUGGUAACUACAGGGUAUACGUCCCCCAUUGCUCUAAUAUUAGAGAGAUGAACUCUGCAGGAGUAUUUUCUUAUACCAUAGUGGCUCUUAUGUAUUUAUGCAGUCUAAAAAUACACUGAUUAGUCCAUUGCUUGUAUAACUGUGUUAAAUUCAUUUUUACCUCAGUAACGAUUUAUUAUUAUUAUUAUUAUUAUGUUGGAGAAUUUGCUGUCCAUAGAAAGUACAGCAGUGGUAUUGUGCACUAAACUGAGGGUUUUUAUUGAAACCCCUGUAUAUUGUGACUGUAAAGUGUAACUUAUGAAGUGCCUUUUAGAAGAUGAAUUCUAGUUUAAUCAAAACACAACAGAUCAGACCUUAUAAAUACUUUCUCAGUAUUUUGUUGUUUGAUUGAAUACCGUAUUUUGUGAUGCAACCUCAUUGUUGAAAUCAGAGCUCCUUCUACACUCGAUGAUUCUCCUGUUUAAUACUUGUGCAAAGCCUUUAAUGUAAUCUUUUGAUAAAUUAUCUUUAGUGUAGUUAAAACUUCUCAUAUUAAUUUUAUUUGGAACAAAAACACUGGUGUUACACUUAUUAACCUCUUUUGUCAAUAUAUUGUACAACCUCUUUUUGCCAAUGGAAAAGCACUUGGUCUUCUAUUUUCAACUGUAUUUAUGCCUGGGGACUGAAGUCCCCCAUGAAAUUCAAAUUCAAAUGCAAUUCAAAACUACUUUAUUAAUCCCUAAGGCAAAUUAAAUAAGUCAAAUUUUGUCUGGUAAGCAAUUUUUGUUCUGAUUUGGUCAGAAAUUUUGGAUAAUCCUCAUGCUGAAAGAUUUUAGCAUAAUGAUUUUUAGUUUUACUUAGCAAGGACAAAUAUUUUUUGCAGAAAAUAUCCUUAUUUUUUCAACGGGAUUUAGAAUAAAUACACUUUAACAAGGUUCCUACGGCCUUUGGAAGAGAAACAGGACCACAGCAUGACGGGUCCUUUACCAUACUUCACAUUAAGUAUGACGUACUUUCCCACACUAUACUGCAAUAAUUCUAACUGUGAGCUUUUUUGCCCUUACCAUCUCUCUUCAAUGCGUGGAAAAAAAUAUUUUCUUUUCCCCCUUUUUUAGGAGUAACUAAGAUAAAUAGGUCUCAGUGUCAUGUCAUAUGUAAACAGUUUUCUGGCAAAAGUCGUCCAAUUUUUAUCCAAAAUGUCCUGGUAUUUUAAGCAGUUUGUGAUCCCUUGCAGUUUAUUAAGUUUCCCUCGCCUGUGAGGAGAGAAACCAGGCCUUAAAGAGUCUCAGUAGGGUGCUUUUCCACACUUUGCUGGAAUUAACUUUAGAUUCUUUUUUUCCACCCAGCCUACUAUUCUCCCUGUGUGUGGAAUGUUCUCUUGUUUUCCCACUUUUAAGGAAAAGCAAAGAGAAACAAGCUUCAGCAUCACUUCCUACUCUUUGAAAACAGAAUGUAAUGAUGAAUAAAUGAACUUUAAGCAACAUAAAUAAAAAUCUAAUUGGAAAAAAAAAUUGGGGGUGGGAUUAUUCCGGUAAGUGUGGCACUGGAGUGUUCGUUAAAAAUAAAACCAAAAAACAUAGCAUUUUUUAAAAAGUGAAAAAGAAGUGCUUGAGUUGACAGUAGUUUUAUCAGCGUAAUUGUACACUACUGCAAUACGAGAUGAAUAUAUCUGAAGCCUUCUUACAAGUCUUAAACAGGGGUGUCAAUAAGUGUGCAGGUUCUGUAUGAUGAAAUUUUAUUUGAAUGUGGUAGCAACUAGAGUAAGUGACAUUCCAGCUCAAGCAUCUCAAGAGGGGCUGAGUUAUAUCUAUAAUGUAAAAAGGUAGUUAUUUUUGACAACACUGGGAAAACAGCAUGUUGUUUCUGUGACAGUAUGGAGCCUUUAAAAAGGCUUAAAAGCUAUUUAUUUUUGUCUAACUGUGUCUGAUUUUUUGCUAAAUGCCUUGGUGAUAAUAAUGCAAUAAAUGCUGUGCAUUUUGACAUUUUAAAA